AGACAAGAAGCAGCAGGAGCGAAUAUAACCCAGCAAGCGGCGACUAGAACUCGGUUUAAAAAUCCAACGUUGCCAGAUAUCGAGUUUCAGAACCGCGAGCACCCACGAGGAGAUUCGAGAGAGUGUCUGCCAGUCAAUUUUAGCCACGGGAACGUUGUGGGUUGGAAAUUGUACGUCGACGGUUAAGACCAAAAGUACCGCGGGUUUGCCUCAUGUAAGGUUUUAUUUAAUAAAAUAGUUUAUUUUAUUAAUCGAUAAAUUGGAUGAGAAGAAAGUUUAUUGGAAAAUAAUAUACGGCAACAAUGAAGAGACAAAAUAUUUGUCUAUGGUAACAAAUUAUAACCGAUUAAACAAAGUUUAUAAAUAUAAAUAAGAAAUAUGAGAGUUGCGUGGGUGUACAAUGGUAUUGGCACAUUCUCUAUAAAAGAGUUUAGAUAUCUAGCCAACGGUUAAUAAUUGUUGUUAAUUUUUUCUUAUCAUUAUUAUUAUUAUUAUUAUUAAUAUUAUUAUUGUUGUUGAUGUUAUUUGUAAUUAUUAUUUAUAUUAGUGCGUUGGAGCACAAAUUAAUUGGCUCAUAAUUGUAAAAAUAUAACUGACAGAUUGUAAUAACGCGAAUAUUGAAAGAGGGAGAAAGAAAGAAGACUGAGAACAUCGGCAACAAAUAAAUUUCAAGCCUGUAUUUAAUAAAUACGCAAAUAGAUAAAUUAAUAAAUCGAUUAUUAUUAUAAUUAUUGUUUGUUGGUUAUGAAAAAUAAUCGGACUGUAUGAUAACGAGCGGAGUGAGAAGGAAAUGGGAGGUGGUAGUGGGACGUGCUCAAAAAAUCUACAUUGUCUUAAUAACAUAAGGAAUGAGAGUUUCAGCUGGGAAUAUUUAUCAAUGUCUGCUGGCAUACUUGCUGGUGACAGUGAAAAUAGUAUCAUCAGAUCUAGAUCUCUACCAAGAUCUAGAUCCUUUAAGAGAAAAAAUUACUGUCCAUCCGAUAGCGAACUUCGAGUGUCCUGCUGGCUGCCAAUGCACGAAUUUGAGUUUUCAAUGCAAAGGCCAGAUUUUGAGAGACUUAGAACUGCCCAAAGAGGCUAUAGAAGUAAAGUUGGAAGAUGUGAGGACCAGCACUGGGACGCUGAAGAUUCACAUGCUCGAGUAUUUGACGCAGUUGAGAAAACUCACGUGGACUUCAAGCGGAUUGGAACAUCUAGAGAAUGGAGUAUUUGUCGCAACACAGCGCCUUCAGUACCUCGACUUAGGUGACAACCGUCUCACGGCAUUGGAUCCUGAUAUUUUAGCUCCACUUGAAAACUUGAGGUACCUCAAUUUGUCAAGAAAUUUAAUAAAAAGUUUACCCGCUUUUAAAAAUCUUUAUUCACUCGAGACACUCUUGGUAUCUCAUAAUCGUCUUGAAGUACCGCCAUUUAAAGCAUUUGCUUCAUCUAGUUAUCUCAAUCAUCUUGAUCUAUCAAACAAUCAUCUUGUUCUACUCCAAGAAUUUACGUUUCAACCUAACCGGGAACUGACGUUCCUCAAACUAUCAAACAAUCGUCUGAUAAAUUUACCCAGCCGAGUGUUCUCAGGUCUCAGUAAAUUGCGGCAUCUUGAAAUAUCAAACAUAAGUAUAAACCAACUACCACGUGGUCUGUUUACUGAACUAAGGGCUCUUGAGUAUUUAAAUAUUUCAAUAAAUCCAAUAUUUAAUUUUACUGAUUACACCUUCCAAGGACUUGUAAAUUUAAUUCAAUUGGAUAUUAGCGAGACUUUGAUAUCCCAAUUACCUCAAGGUCUUUGGCAACGUGUACCAAAUUUAAAAUCCCUAAUUAUGGACAAAACAAAAAUUGAAGUACUGAAAGCUGACGAUUUUUUAGGUCUAUAUAAUCUUGAAAAUUUGACAAUUACCAGCAGUCCGUUACGUGAAAUAAAUUCAAAGGCAUUGGAUCAUUUGUCGCAUCUACGUAACGUUGACCUACGCAAUAACUUUCUUUACUUUUUACCAGCAAGUCUGGCGCAUCUCGCACAUCUUUCAAAUCUUCAUCUCCAAGGCAACCCUUGGGCGUGUGACUGCCGGAUGUUUUGGUUUGUAAAGUGGGCACACAAUAAUAUUCAUCCAAUGGCAUUUGCCCAGGGGCUUAAAUGUGAUUACAAUGAUACAGUUAAUCCAAUCGAAGCAGUAGAUUACUUACAAUGCAAACCACCAGUUCUUAUUCACAAGAGUCCGGAGAAUAAUUUGCACCAAAUAAAUAAGUCAGUAUUGCUUGAGUGCGAAUUUAAUGGGAAUCCAGCUCCGUCAUUAACUUGGGUAACUCCAACACUUGAAAUCUUCCACUGGAAUCCCGAUUCGACUUUUCCAGAUUCAUUUCAUAAUCAUCCAAAAGAUCAUACACGAGACAAUUUAAUAAGUCUUAGCAAUAAUGGUAGGGUUCGUUUGGUCGAAAAUGGCUCGCUGCUGAUAACAAACUUGCUAAGGCAGGACGUCGGUCUCUAUAAGUGUUUUGCUGCCAAUCCAAUAGACAAUGCCACAACCUGGAUCCACUUAAAAAUGGAUCCCGUUGUUUAUCUCCACAUUAAAAUGUUUAGUAUCGCCGUUGGAGCUGCUAGCGCAAUUUUGUUUCUGUUACUUACUCUCUUCGUCCAGUUCAUAAAAUAUCUUCUGAAUCGGUGUGGCUGCUGCAGAUGGUGUACUUGCUGCAGACGUGGUACUACACCACGUGCUAAACAAAUAUACCAAAUGCUGGACAACAUUGAACAGUACAAGAGCCAGCAGCUUGAACGUCUGCGAGAAAAUUACACUCAGCAGGUGCACAGAAUCAAAGACAAUUGUGCUCAGCAAGUUGAGUGGAUAAGAGACAGCUACGAAGGGCAAAUGAGGCACAUCAGGGAUAUUAGAGAUUAUGGAACUAAUCAUCUUACAACGCUCAGGGAUCAAUACUAUGAACAGGUGAAACGCGUACGCGACUACUCUACAGGACAAUUAAACUGGGUACGAGAGAACUACGUCUUCCAACGAAACAAGAUACGCAAAUUUAGUGCACAUCAAGUUUUACGAUUUCGCGAGGGUUACAAGUACCAGCAGCAGACACUGAAUAAAGUAUUAGAAAAUUUGCCAAACUUGUACUUUGAGAAUUGCCGAAGUGGAUCGUGCAGCAAGAACGACGCUGCAGGGUUCGAUUCACGGGAGUUGAGUUCCUCAAUGCCGGAUAUCGAGACAUAUUUCAAAGUUAAGAUAAACGAGCUGGCGAAUUACAACAGCGCAAGUAUGGACGACAUCAACAGCGAAUACUACACACCCACGGAAUUCUCAUCAGCGAGCCCUCAGACGCAAAAUUUCAUCGACACAAUUCACAUUAAUUACAUUGAAGAUGGUCCACCUCCUCUACCACCGAUACUGUCCUGUUUCCGAGCUGAAAGCGCAGUUCUGCAUUCAAUUCAAGAGGACAACAACGACCCGGUAAUUAUUAAAAAUAAUAAAGAUAAAAAGCAAACUCAAGUUAGUAAGCCGAUAAACAGGGGCACGAGUGUUGAACUAUUGGGUCGUAAACAACAUCCACAAGCACCAGAGAGUCUUGGUCUUCUUGCUCCCAGCACUAGUAUGCCUGAAUUACCUCACGAGACUAGGCUCUAACUGGCCUAAUUGUGAUAAUUUUUAAAAAAUUAAUUAAAUAAAUAAAUGAUUUUUAAAUUUAAUUAUUUUUUUUGUGAUGCCGGUGCAAGUCAUGUUUUUUUGGAUUUAUUUAAAAUCGUUCUUCGUGCUCUCGAAAUCAUGUGCCUUUCACUAAUGCUUCGUAUCGGUCAAGGUGAAAGUUAUCGGUGGCUUUUACAUUAUUAUUUAUUACAACAAUAAUAAUGAAAAAAUAAAUAAAUAAAUAAAAGCAUUACUCGAAAAACUCGAGCUUUUUGUUUGUUAACAACACGCUGGUGCUUGCACAUGACACCGUACCUGACACGUUGUAAUCACGAGUGAUAAAAAUUUUAAAAAAAUAAUCAUGUGUUUUUAAAAGAGACGUGAAGAUAAAAUAACAACAACAACAAUCAACAACAAGAGAGUCUACAGGUAUUGGAAAAAAAAGAAAUAUUAAAAUAUUUGUAGAAGAAAUGAAAUUGUGCUGUGUUUUAAAUAACAACAACAAUAACAAUAAUAAUAACAACGAUCACUGAUUACUGUUCUAAGUGACCUGCGUUACCGGCUUCUAUCUUUAUUAUAAACAAUCCAAUAAAAUAUUAAUAGUAAUUAAGGGAAUAUAUAUAUCAUUUGAAAAUGCCUAGGUGUCAAUUGAAAAUAACAACAAAAAUAUAAAUAAUAAUAAUAAGUUAGUGUUAUUAUUAUUUUUUUUAAAGCGGGCUCUUUUCUAAAAUUUAUAAAAUAAUUAAAAUACAUUUAUUUUUCAUUUUUUUUGUCUCAUCACGAUCCGAGCCAAUUAUUUAAUUCAGGCGGACGUCAUUUGUGUUCGCGUACUAUACAGUAAGACACCUUAUUUUCAUCUGCUCAUCUGUUACUCUUGUAGAUUUUAAGUCGUUAAAGGGAAGACGUUUUUUUUUUUUUUUGACAUUUUUCAUGUAACGGUUAAUCGCAAUAGAAUUAUGUUAUCAAUAAUAAUUACAGUAAGAAAAUUUAAUUGAAUUUUAAUGAUUUUUUGUCAGUUCAGUCUAUUAUAUUACUAAAGAGAAUUAACAAAAUAAAGAUUUAUAUUUGUUCCAUGUCUAUUAAUGUGAGAAGAUAAGUGUGAAUUUUUUUUUAAAAUUACGUAUGAGUUACAAUUAUUUUUUUAGUGCCAAAAGUCUCAAUGAUUUUCCAAAAAUCGUCUUCCUGAAUAAAUAAAAUUCGUUAAGACGUUGAAAAUUUUAAAUGCUCUUACUUUAAAUAAAUUAAAUGUUUACUCAAUGGAAUGUAUCUAAGAAAUAAAAAAAAAUAAUUCAUAUUUCAUUCAUCAGUGACGUCUAUGCAAUAAAAUAUUUUACUAAAAUUUCAAAAAUCUGUUGCUAAUUAAAUGGCCGAGUUUUGUUAUUUUAUUCAAAAUUUAAAUUACUGGGAAAAUUAACAUGGACGUGUUUAGUUAGUGAAUAUUAAUUUUUUUUUUUACGUAAUAAAUAUUUUUUUGUUAAUUAAUAAUGAUAAAUAUGACGGACACAGCCUUGGUAGAACUGAGCAUAGAGUUUACCAUAUAAAUGGCCAAGACGUAUCGAGAAACAUGAAAGUUAAUAAUAUUUAAAUUUAAAUAAAAUUCACACUAUUAUUGUCAACAUUUAAAGAUGGAAAAAAAGUAUGACCGAGAAAUAUUCAAAUCACAAACGAGCCAGAUUAUAUCCAUAGCACUGAAUUUUAAACCUAGUCGAUAAAUUUUUUUUUUUAUUAAGAUUAUUUCUGGUUUAUUUAAAACUUAUUUGUAACAACUGCGGUAAUUGUUAACGGAAAUUAGCAAGUGAUCAAGUAUAUUAAAUUUUAAAAAGUAAGAAGAUAUAUAAAGAGAAGUGAUUAAUGAUAUAAAAAGAAAUUAAAAGUGAAUUAGAUUGUAAUGAAUAUUAUCUCUUCCAAUAAUAUGUAGUAGACAUAUGCGUAAAAAAAGUAAAUAAACUUUUGAAUUGGAGGGAAUCUAUCAAUAUAUUAUUGGCCUUUAUCAAUUAUCCUUUCAUAGUUUUUAGUUAUUAAUGAUUUAUAUAUAUAGAAUAAUAUUUAUCCAAUAAAUUAAGUUUUUAAUUUAAAUAUUUAAUUGUACUUUAAAAUUAUAUAUAUAUAUAUAUAUUAAUAAAUAUAUAUAUGAAAUGUUA